GUCCACCUUCACAACAACGAGCGUGAGGAAUGAAGAAAGGCAACGCUUUUUAUUACUGUUUUGUUUGGUUUCAGGAGUAACGAACUAGUGUGGAAUUAGUUUGUGCGUUAAAUUCUGUGGUUGGCCAGAACUGGAUAGACUAACUAAACUAAAAACAGUUUAUUAUGAAUUAAAAGAGAGCAAACGACUGAAGAAACGGAAGCUCGAAGAUAUACCAUAUCGACGUCGCUUUGAAAUAUUAUGUUUGGAGAGUCAGAAAUACAUAUAUGUUGUUCAGUGAGUGGUGUGGUUGGGAGGAAUGGCCGCGCGCAGCAGUGAUGGACACGCCGCGGACAGAUCAUCCAAGAGGAGGAACUGCAAGUAUUUCACGAUAGACAAAAUUGCCAUUGCCCGAUCCCUGUGUCUGGGCUCAGGGUUUAAGGGCAGGUCCGUCUGAACAUGGUUUCAAACAAGUCAUGCGAGAACAUCACCAGAAUCGAUGUGAAUGGGAAUCCGGUGAUGAGCACUGUGAUGUUUAUCGCCGGGGUGGUUGGCAACCUCAUGGCUCUAGCUAUCCUGGGUUUCCACCAGAAAGAGCGUCGAACCAAGUCCUCAGUUUUCUGCAUUCUCGUGACAGGCCUGGCUCUGACAGAUCUGCUGGGAACGUGUUUACUCAGUCCACCCGUUUUCAUUUGCUAUUCCCAGAGCAAAUCUCUGGUGGGUCUGACAGGAGAUCGGUGGCUGUGCGGACUCUUCGCCUUCGCCAUGACGUUCUUCGGCCUGGCCUCUAUGCUCAUACUCUGUGCUAUGGCAGUGGAGCGGUGUCUCGCCAUCAGUCACCCGUAUUUCUACUCCAAACAUGUACGCCGCAGCUUCGCUAAGAUCGUCCUCUUCCUCAUCUAUCUCUUUACCUUCGUUUUCUGCUUGCUGCCUUUCUUUGGAUACGGGCGGCACAAGCAGUAUUGCCCAGGCACGUGGUGUUUCAUCAAGAUGGAGGCAGAAGGAGAGAGUGAGGAUGAGGAGAGGAGAACACUGACCUUCUCGCUGUCCUACGCCGUGCUCAUGGCGCUGCUCAUCGCUAUAGUGUUCUUGUGCAACGGUUCGGUCAUCGUCAGCCUCUGCCGCAUGCACCGGAGCCAGCUGACACGUCGGGGUUCGGUGGUGUCGGCUGGGCGCAAGAAGAGGCUGAGCACCUGGUUUGGACAGGGAGAGGAGGAAAUGGACCAUUUACUGCUGCUGGCCUGCAUGACCUUCAUCUUUGUCAUUUGCUCCUUGCCCCUGACUAUCUGUGGCUUCGUGAACGCUAUUAGUCCGGUUGGGAAUGAUCAGCAGAAUCUAAUGGCUUUCCGCUUCUCUGCAUUUAACCCCAUCUUGGAUCCCUGGAUCUUCAUCAUCUUCCGUAAGGCGGUCUUUAACCACUUACGGGAAUUAUUGCACUGCUGCUUCCCCAGAGAUGCGGUGAAGACCACAGCUCAAAGCUCUCUGUCCUUCCCCCUGGAGGCUGGAAACGUCAAACAAAGCUCCAGCAUCAAGAGCCAGAUCUACCGCAGCCUCCCUCAGUGAGGUCUUGAUGAUGAACG